UUCGUUAGCAUAAUCGUCAUGUAAAAAAAAAAAACAAAUGAAGAAAUAAACCAACCUGACACGUCUUAUUUUGUCUAGGUUUUUUUUAUGUUUAAUUCUAUUCCUGUUUUGCUCAAUGCUGUAGCUGGUUGGUCAAGUCAAGUCAACUCAACCAACCAACAAAAAUCAAAAGAACCCACCAAAUCCGAUUAACUAAUUUCCAUUCCUUACUAAAUUUCAUUGAUAUACUCGAAUUGAAAACAAAAAUAAACAAAAUUUCCAACAUCAGUCAGUAUGAAAAAUCAUUGUUGUUCUUGUUAGUUUCUUAAAAAACUAGACGUCGACAUUCGUAAAAGUUAGACAAAAAAAAAAACAUUCCCACGCAGACAGUCUAACCAAAACAGAAUUAAUUAAUCAAUUGCUUACCAUGGAGGAGACAUUCAUUCUUAUUCUUCUGGUCAUGGUUAUGUUAGUUGGCUCAUACUUGGCCGGAAGUAUUCCACUUGUUAUGAAGUUAUCCGAGGAAAAACUGAAGAUUGUAACAGUUUUGGGUGCUGGGCUCCUAGUUGGGACUGCCCUAACUGUUAUUAUACCAGAGGGCAUAAGAUCAUUGUAUUCGUCUGAUAUUAUAGUUCCUGAAAAAUUGAAUCUUGCAAGUAAUCAGAUAAUUGCCAGCUCAGAAGACACAAAAAAUCCAUCUGUUGUUAUUGAACCUGCUGUGCCAGCAGCGGCUUAUCAAUAUCGUCAUCGUCAUGAAGAAGUUGACCAUUCAAGUACAAUAGGAUUGUCAUUAGUUCUUGGUUUUGUCUUCAUGAUGCUUAUUGAUCAAAUAUCACAAAGAAAAAGUGCCGCAAACGAUCAAAAUAUUACAGCUACUUUAGGAUUAGUUGUACAUGCUGCCGCUGAUGGUGUUGCGCUAGGUGCUGCUGCCACAACCAGUCAUCAAGAUGUUGAAAUGAUUGUUUUCUUUGCCAUUAUGCUACACAAAGCUCCAGCUGCCUUUGGUUUAGUAAGUUUUUUAUUACAUGAAAAAAUUGAACGUCAGCAAAUACGAAAGCAUCUGGCGAUUUUUUCACUAUCGGCUCCGUUACUUACAAUUCUUACAUAUUUUGGAAUUGGUCAAGAACAAAAAGAAACACUAAAUUCAGUUAAUGCAACCGGCAUUGCAAUGUUAUUUUCAGCUGGAACAUUUUUAUUUGUUGCCACAGUGCAUGUAUUACCAGAACUGACGCAAGGCGGCCAUAGUCAUGGUGGAGGAGGUAGUGGAGGUUUUGAUAAUAAUCCAGGAGUUGUAUACACAUCAUUGGAAGAUGCUUCAAGUACGAGUAGUUCGGUUACAAAACGACCUAAAGGACUUAAAAAUAGUGAAUUGAUUAUAAUGAUUUUUGGUGCUCUAUUGCCAGUGGUUAUAACAUUUGAACAUCAUCACUGAUAUUAAUUUUUUAGUUUAUGAUAUGACGAAAUAAAAAUGUCGCAAGGCUACAAUCUUAAUUAGUUAGCAAAAUAAUACAUAAUCGGAUGUGCGGUUGAUUGAUUUGUACAAACAAAAACAAAAAAAAUUAUAUACAUACAUUAUAAUAUAGUUAUUGAUAUAUUUUUUUUUUUAAUUGAUUAAUAUCAUUAUAUAUUUAUGGAUAUUGUGUAUUAUUUGCAUUAUGCUUGAAUAUGUUGUGAUUGUUUAUUAAAAUAGAAGUACAGUUUAACAUUAAUUAUAAUUUAUUAUAAUUAUUGUUAUUAAGAACCGAAA